AUGCAGACAAAGUCAAGAGCUCACAUUCAGUUACAAGUCCAUUGGAUUUAUGAUGUGUUGGGAAUAAUGCUACAAAGGACAUGCUGCUGCAGUAAGAAGGAUAGCUUGAGAAAAUGUGUACAUAUUAUGUGGCUAUUACCUUUCAGUUGGGGUCAGCAUUGCCUUGUUGGUGACUUGGUGUACAAUAGACAUCACCCAGAUGGUAAACAAACAUGUACACUUGAUUGA